AAGUGGGAGCCGUAGCGUUCCUCCUGGGGUCCUACUUAGCGCACCGCUCGAUCCACCAUGUUGUUCCAUGAGGAUUCUAGUCUGGCUGCGUGCGUAUUUGGGCACAGAGGCUUAUAUUCAGACGCCAUCCCUGGUCGUUUGGUCUCGGGAAAUAGCCUGACCUCAUUGGAAACACCCGGCCUGUUCAACAUAGUACAAGACCGCCAGUCACCGACCUGUCUCUUGUCGACAGAGCCGUGGAUAGUGAUUCGCUUCACAGUCACUAUCACCACACUCAGACGCCACCAUGAGUUCAUCUUCUUCCCGGCGAAGGAAAGCAAGCGUCGCCGGCAUCGGCUACACGAAUGCAGUCUACUUUCCGAGUUCAAAGAUCUAUCAGGGCGCUACCCCGGGGAUGAUGAACUACAAAUGUAUCAACCACGUGUAUUAUGCUUUUGCGAGCCUAGGACCAGACGGCACGGUUUUUCUUGGUGACGAGUGGGCUGAUACUCAAUCCCCAUGCGAUGGUGUCAACGGCGGCAUCGGCUCUCUGAUGCACUUGAAGCAAGCCAAUCCUCAUCUAUCGGUGGUAAUAUCGGUUGGUGGUGGCAACACAAGCGCGAAGUUUCCAAUUGUGGCCGCCAGUGCUGCACUUAGAGACAACUUUGCGAGGUCGGCACGAGGCUUGGUAGAAGCGUCCGGAUUCGAUGGGAUAGACAUCAUGUGGGAGUUCCCUGGCGACCUGCAAGAAGGUGCCGACUUUGUAGAUUUGCUCACCACGGUCCGGCUUCACAUGCCGGAAGACCAGUUUCUCUUGACAGCAGCUUUGCCAUGCGGCGUACCCAUAUUGCAGAACAUCGACAUCGCGAUGGCGACAAUGCUCGUCGACUACGUCAACCUAAUGGCUUACGACUUCUCCGGGCCAUGGGAUCCGCGGAGUGGGCACCAUGCUCAGCUCUACACCAUGGACAAGGCUAGCACUUCCGGUGACACGGGUGUUUCCUAUCUCAUUGGACAUGGCUGUCCAUCACAAAAGAUCCUUCUCGGGAUUCCGUUGUACGGCCGCAGCUUUCUCGGUGUGAGCGGACCGGGCCACCGACACAAGGGCUGCGGUGGCGAGGACGGGACUUUCGAGUACAACAUGCUACCACGGCGCAACACCAAAGAGACAGUGGACAAGCGCGUCUGUGCCGCCAGCUGUGCUGGGGGAGACGGUGGCUUCGUCACCUACGACAACCCGGAGACGGUCAAAAUGAAGGGGGCGUACUGUAAACAGAAGAAGCUCGGUGGGCUCUUUUACUGGACAGGACCAGCCGAUUCCACAGACAGGCAUCGAAGCCUAAUUGCCACGGGCUUCAAGGCACUACACAGUUCCUGAUGAACAGAGCUCAGUACGGAGAUCACCUACCCGGGCUGCACGAGCUCCAGGCGGACGAUAUCUCCCAGCCAGCUCAGCGCGUAAUGCAAGGACCGUGAGCGCCAUGUCAUGGGGCGCGACUGGUCUGCCCCUAGCGCAUAUUACCGGACUCCACUCAUGGGGCGUGACUCGCCCAGUGUAGUUUGGGCGACGACCCAACACGGCACCGUCG